GACCUCAAGCUAGCGCUGCCCGCUUUUGCGUGUGGCAUCGCGGCACGGGGCAGAAGACAAUUCCGGCUUUCUCAUCACCUCAACAGCGGCCAGCAGUUACUUGCUAAGAAGUCGGACGCCCCAGACACUUUGCGCGAACCAGACGCCGCAGCUUGGGUAGGGGUCGACCAACCCGGAAACCCAUCAUCCGGCGCAUCUUGUCGAAACAGAAGUCAGGCACAUUGUUUUAACACAUCCCGCCGCGUUGGCCGCCGCCGCAUCUCAAGACGCUAUGUCGCUGCCGCCUACCUCACCUCGGCUGCCAAGCCCACCCCCUCCGGCCGAGAUCCAGAUUGGACCCAAGUCGCCGCUGAUGGGCCCUGAUGCAGCCCGACAAGCUGCCCAAAUUGAGCAGAGCGCCAUUGACACAAAUGCCAAACGUCGCAUUCACCCGGGCACAAAGUCUGCCGACAUGGCUGCCGGCCCUCCUCUUGUUCCGUUGCACGAGCUCGACUCGGCUUUCCAGCUCCAGGAGCAUCUGGCAGCCUUGCACUACUACCACACGGCGAGCCACACGACCCCCAUCAAUCGCGACACAGCAAAGCUGCUGGCCACCCCGCCCCCCGGCAUCGACAGGACGCUGUGGCUGUACGAGCUCUGCCGCUUCUUGAUCGCGCAGUGUAACAGCCUGAUCGUUGGCUUUCUCUUUGACACGCCCCCAUGCAGCGCCGCCACCUGUCCCGAGAUGCGCGCCGGCGAGUGGCAAUUCCUGUGCGCCGUGCAUGACACGCCCAAGAGCUGCUGCGCCAUCGACUACUGCUGCCACACCCUCGACUGGGCCGCCAACGUUGUGACCAACCCCAAAAUUUUCCCCAGCCGCUUUGUCGUCGAUGCCCACGAUAAGAACACGGCUCAAAAGAAUCUUGUCAACGUGUUCCGUCGCCUGCACCGUAUCUUCGCCCACGCCUGGUUUCAACACCGCGGCGUGUUUUGGUCUCUCGAGAGCCAAAGUGGCGUUUAUGUCUUCUUCAAGACGGUCUGCGACGUGUACGACCUUCUGCCAGCUGAGAAUUACAAGCUGCCGCCCGAAGCAGAAGGCCUCGACAACACCUCCGGCGCGGGUGAUUUAGGUACCAGAGGGACCGACAGGAGACAGCAACCGCAGCAGCAGCACCCGGGUCCCAUCUUAAUCGCGAAGCCGCCCGGCCAACGUGAAGCUGAAGACGGCGACUACUCGGCCAUGAGUAGGACCAACACGAGGAGGCACAUUAAGAGCAGCCCCUCGACAGGGAGCGCAAUUAUGCCUGUGCCCGAGGCAGACGAGGACGAAAGUGGUGACCUGUCCAGCAAGCUGCGCGAUAUGCGCAUUUCGGUUCCGUUGACAGCGGCCAGGGAGGAGGCACCGGAGCUGACCAGCAUUCCGGUGGUGGUGGACCACAGGCCAAUAGCGGCCGGCGAACAGCCUCUACGGCCAUCCAGCGUGAUCCCGCCGCCGGGAACCACAGCGGAUGAGAGCCAGUCAAAACCCGCCUUAGAACCUGAGGCAGCGGACUUCGAACCCGAGGCACCAGCACCCGAGCAUCCCUCUGGCCCCGAGCCGGAACCCCAACCUGAGCCUGAAGUUCCAGCAACGGUAGACGCGGCGCAGUCUUCUGCGCCAGAUGAGACUACCAAGCCGCAGCCCGAAGAGGAAUCAACUCCUGCCGCUGAGGAAGCCGCGCCAGAGACAAAAGAAUCGGAGAAUACCGGGCCCGAAACGAAGGAAGUUCCACCCCCUACGUCAUCUGUUGAUUCAUCAAGCGGGGAGAAAGACUCCGCCACGGCCGCCGCAACGGACGGACAUACCGAGACAGAGACGGGCGCCAAGACGGCGGACACGGCAGAGAAGGUGGAGGAUCCGACGCAAAACCCUAUUGCGGAGGCGGCAGGGCCGAAGUCAUCGGGUUCCGAAUCGGAGACUGCUACGGGGCCGGAAAGCGGGCCUGAAGAAGCAGAGCCGAACGCUGGGGUGCAAGGCACAGAGGAGGAGGAAGUGGUGUCGUCGGCCGAGACAAAGAGCGGGACGGAUCAAGAGAAGGAGACGUCAGAGGAGAAGCAGGAAGGCGAAGCUCAAUAGAGAGGGGAGGGAGGAGGAGUCUAGGGUCUUUGCUGACGAGGGCGCGGGUUAAGAUCAUAGUCUGCUUUGAGGGCUUCUGUACUGUUGUUUGUGUUAUAAAUACCCAGCCAUGUUGUGUACCGGCAUUUCGAUUCUUCUAUAUUGUGUGAGGAACAUUGGCUUCUGUACGUCUGUAUUGAGCAAUUCUUUUUUGUCAGUGCUCUGUUCACCCUCUCGCAGCAUUCUGCCGACUGCAAGCUGUCAUGGAAAGAGGUUGGCUGCAGCGUGUUGUGUUGUCUCUUGCGGGAAUUAGGGGUUGGUAACAGUUGCCGCUGAUAGGGUCGUUGAAUAUAGGUUUAUAUAUAAC